ACGACGGACUGACACAUUUGAGGGCAUGGCGAAAGAAUGGGGCUCGCGAUUCGCAAUGGGGUUUGGUGAAGGUCCGAGGGAAGCGAUGGCCGUCGUCGAGUGAGGCUGUUGGAACGUCCAAGAAUGAAUAUAAAAGACGCAAAUCGGCCAACGUGCGCCGGAACGACAUCGCUCGCUCGCAUGCGAGAACGAGCGAGCAGCGAGCGGAGCUCGAGGACUUGUUUUCGAGGGCGAGACGGAGAGUUGGGCAAAGAUACGGGCGGACAAAAGCGGCCGGAGUCGACGAUUGUCGACCGCGUCACGAGAUACUGCAGCCGCCUUCUUCUUCUGCUGAUGCUGCUGCUGCUUCGGGUGAUUCUGCUGGUUUUGGUGCGAGGAUUGUGGCCCACCAGGGCAUGACCCACCCACCGGCAGCGGUCGCGCGCUUUAUGGAUUGACGUCGGGGGCUCGAGGGGGUGAGCUCAAAGAAUACGCCCAAACUCUCGAGCGAUCGCGCUCGAGGUGGCGGACGUACCAUGUUGACACGGUUCCGAGGCGUGCAUUGAUGGCCGGGGCCAGACAUGGGAGCGCCUCGAGACGGGGUGGUGUGUGGUUCGUGCCUUCUGGCUGCGUUGUGCGCUCGGAGGUGCAGGUGUAGGUCGUUAACUGGUGAGCCCCGUCUCGGCCUUUUCAAGGCUCCAGGCCGAGACUGACAUCCGUUCCAUCCAAUCAUACCAUGCCCGCAACUUCUCGCAGCCAGCAGGAUGCAUCAUUCCAGAGGCCGCUGCUCCAGACAGCUUCCUGCAGCGAUUUCAUCAUCUUGACUCUCGCUGACACUAAAGUUGACUACUGUGAGUACUGUAAAAGAAGGGGGUCCUAAACUCCUCCUCCAUCGUCUGGAGGGAGUGCGCUCAACUGCAAAGAUGGAGGAGGUUCAGCCCUAGCCCAGUUGUAGUUGUAGCCGGACAAAAUACCUUGUACAGUAAUCCAGAGAUCAGAGAAGUGGAUUAGACAGCUCAACUGCACAGAUCUUCUGUACACGAAGCACCGAAUUUCCAUGUAUAUUCUAUAUUAGCAACUCGGAGUAAGAAAGUUUUGAAUAAUCUAACCCAUGACUGUGUCCUGUACGAUAAUCACAAUCAAUAAGACUACAGAAUGGAAGGACCACCAAAUAUGGAAGAGCAGGUAAACGGUUUUACACGUGGAACUUUCAAUGGUAAAUUAUCGUAGCCAACCAGAAGCUGCCAUGCUAGCUCCCUCUCUACCUGUGGACCGAAACUCAAGGUACCGAGGAACCGACACAGCUCUUGCUCUCGGGUUUCGUCAAUUUGAUACGCUUGUGCUGCGGUGAACAUUGGUCGAUCUCUUUUCGCUUUCUUCAUCAACAAGAAUCAAAGUUUCUGAAAGUUGGAAUCGAUCUGAAUUCCCCGAGCUUCGUUCUUCGGUUCUUUUUUCUUCUUUUUUGGUUGUUAUUUUUUUGCUUUUUUCCCCCUUUUUAGGGCUCCCAUCCUUCGGGUCCUCGUCACCUUCUCCGUAGUUCCGCCUUACACAGCUAGCGGAUGACAUAUCCGAGCUUUCCAUAAUCCAAUACAGAGGGGCCUCCUUAUACAAACCUCAAAGUAUCACAUGCGCUUGAGGCGGUGAUUAAUCAAUAUAUCAGAUACUCUACCCUCUUGGUUUCUCUCUAAUGCCCGAUUCUUCCAGCAAGCUUCCGCUGAGCGAUGGGUUGCUGGUAUUGGGGUUGCCCUUCAGGAGAGGCUGAUAGACCUUUGCUGGGAAUUCUACCAAGGACGUGACAGGUUCGUGGUGGAUCGAAAGUCGGAAACUUCUGCCAUCUGUAGUCUAGUUACUAGCCAUCUCCUCGACACAAGCUUGCUCUCACGGUCCCAUAUGCAUGGGCUCACCACUCCCCGUCACGAGCUUCACCUUCUCUCUUCGUACCCGUCUGUAGAAUCCUCGUUCGGAUUUGCGCGAGUUGAUGGAAGCCUGGUCUGGGUCUUGAGAUGUAUUUCCUUUUACUCCUAGCAGUGGUUUCAAUUGUGUUUGUGCUCUGUCCGGACCCCUGUCUUCUAAUUGCAUUUAGCGCAUGUUUGCCAAUGUAGGUUGCCCUGCAUUCGGACUCCUCCUGCAGUCGCGAAGACUGUUGCCGCCCCUCCUCCCACUUUGUUCCCUUGUUUACCCUCAUCUCUCUAUCGAGUCAAGACUUCUGUCUCAGAGCAUGUGAUACAUGACGGGCAUGACGUUAAUGGGAAAAUUCAAGAGCAGAAACAUACACAGAUUCAAAUCCCAUCACGCCUCUCCAACGUCUGACGGUCUCUAUCGGCCAAAACCAGGACCUUCUCUCGCUGGUGUUUUUACCUUCGCUGAUCGGCUUCUAUACGCUGCGUCCCUUGACGACAUGGUCCCGACCAGAUUUCAAGACCCGAGCAGUACUUUCAAGUGACAAGGAGCUGUUAGAAAGGUUGAAUUUGAAGUUGAUGCGUGCAGUUUCCAGUAUGGCAACUGCAGCUAUGGCCGGUGCGGCAGGGGCCGCAGUUGUGCUGUAUUACACAGGUUGGGGGUCCGCAUUGGGUAUGUGGAGUAAAUACGAUUCUGGAAUGGCAGAGGAUGAGGAAGCGAGUAAGAGUCUUACAGGUUCAGAUAGGCCUAGAGACCUCACCAGAAGAAGAGUGCUCAUCCACAGGCCAGCGAGGCCACCGUCAACCUGGUAUGAGGCUUUGUCAACUCUGUCGGAGACACUGAGGUUUACUUACUCGGAAACUCUUGGAAAAUGGCCGAUUGGUGACCUUGCUUUCGGGAUUAAUUUCUUAUUAAGGCGUCAGGGACACUUUCAUGUGGCUGGAGUAUUCGCUGGUGGAAACAGCAAGCAGUUGAAGGGACCUGUUGUUAUAGUCGAGCUGAAGGAGCUGCUGCGGCUUUUGGUUGUUUGCAUGCAUUUUUCUAAGAAGCCUUUUCCUUUGUUUUUAGAAACCACCGGAUAUACAAGGGAUCAAGUUCUUCUCCAGGAAGGCAAAGCAGGGCUCUUGAAACCAGCUUUUACAGUACUUGUGGAUGAUAGUUCACAAUGUAUUCUUCUCCUAAUUCGAGGAACCCAUAGUGUUAAGGAUACUUUGACUGCAGUCACCGGUGCUGUCGUGCCCUUUCAUCAUACUGUGUUGGAUGAUGGUGGAGUGAAGAAUUUGGUUUUGGGUUACGCUCAUUGUGGCAUGGUUGCAGCUGCUCGAUGGAUUGCACAGUUAGCUACGCCCAAGCUUCUGCAGGCCUUGAAGGACUAUCCAAACUACAACCUGAAGGUAGUAGGACAUUCCUUAGGUGGAGGUACAGCUGCCCUUUUGACGUACAUUCUUCGCGAGCGUGGAGAAUUUCAAACAGCUCGUUGCGUUGCAUUUGCUCCUGCUGCGUGUAUGACUUGGGAACUAGCCGAGUCUGGAAUGCCAUUUGUAACUGCAGUUGUUAAUGGCUCAGAUCUUGUGCCAACAUUUUGUGUUGCGUCUGCCGACGAUCUCCGUGCUGAGGUGACAGCCUCUGCCUGGAUCAAUGAUUUUCGUGAGCAGAUAGAGCGGACAAGAAUUCUAAGCACGGUGUUCCGGUCAGCUUCAGCCUUGGGAAGCAGACUGUCUUCCAUUGCGAGUAUGUCACGAAAUCCAUCACUUACGGUAGCAAGAGCUGCACAGUCUGGAGUUGCUAGUGCUGGAGCAAUCUGGCGCCCUGUGUCGAAUGGCACUCAGGUGGUCAUGAAACAAGCACAGAAUGUGGCUCAAGCUGUGGUACGCACCCGACCAUCUUUGGGACUUGCGGGCUGGUCUUGCAUGGGAGCGCGCCGCAGGGUGGUCCCGACGGUGCCAUCGACGCCGUCUAAUAGUGAAAUUGCGUCUAGUUCGUCACUUAGUAGCCAGGAUGAAACUAAACUUGAAAACAGGACCUCAGUGGGAGAGGAAGGAAGAUCAGACUCUGAUAGCUUACCCACAUCUUCGUUCCACAUGGAUGUGGACUUGGAUCAAGAACGAAGAACUCAGGAAGCAGCUGAGUUUUGGAUGCGUCAGGGGUUAAAGCAGGUCGGAGAGAUUGAAGCAGAGGAAGCCUUUAGGGAAGAAGAUGAAAGCGAACUACCCCAUCCAGUUGAAGGAGAGGAUAUUGGGGAAGAGUAUAUAUGGCAGCAACUAGAAGAAGAAUUACAACGGCAGAGAGAAGAAAAUAGGCUUGUACGAGAAGAAGAGGAAGCAGCUGCAGUGGAAAUUACGCGAGAUGAAGAGAGUAUCGCAUCUACUGCCGCACGCGAGUCUGACCAACAACGCAUCGUUAAUGAGUCGGAAGACGGGGGACCUGUACAUGAAUCAAAUAGAUUUUACCCUCCAGGCCGCAUCAUACACAUUGUAUGCCCUCUUCCUCUCCCAGGAGAAGCGACCAGUUCUGACAUACCUGCCGAAGAGCAUAGCCAGAGAAAGAGGGUUGGAAUCUUUUUAACGGAACGAAAACUCUAUGGCAAAGUUCGACUGUCUCGCACUAUGGUCCACGAUCACUACAUGCCGACGUAUAAGCGCAUGAUGGAGGCAUUGAUUUCACAGCUGGAAGAAGAGGAAGCCAUUCCCGCCGAUCGAGCCUGUGAUUCAGAUAGCGAUGUCGAGCUGGAAAGAUGCAAUGUAUGAUAACGACUACUACCUCGCCGGUGCAGGUGAAAAAUUACCUAGUCUCUGGGCAGACACCCAUCGCCCAUCCAGUGCAGCCUCAGAUGUGCUGCGGUGCGAGCUGCAUCGCAGCACCUCGUCCAUAACCACCACCACCACCCAGAGCAGCGAAGUGCAAUGCAAGCCGCUGCUGUUGUAUAUCCCAAUGUCAAACUCACUCGAUUUGUCACUCGGAAGCCUCUCACCUUCCGAGAUAGAUUGAUAGAUGGUAGAAUAAUCCUGAUUGAUUGAUUCUUCAUGGUCGGAAGAAAUUUUACUAUCCCCGUCUGUGGGGCAAAUCAUAUUUAUGCGCGGGACUCAAUUUCCUUCUUCUUGGUCUCUUCUGCAGCUGGUUGUCGGUCACUAACCUACGAACUAACCAUCUCAUAGUGUAUCUAAUAAAAAGAGAGGUCUCCGCCGGGUUACCCUUUGCGAGGUUUUCCUC